UGUAUACAAUCCUAUUGAUCUAGAUUUUGAAUGAUCAAGUCUCAAAACUAGUAUUACAGACAUUUUCAAAAUUCAGUUCACAUAUGCAAAAAAAAAAAAAGAAGGUAAUAGCUUCACCCCCAGACUUUGAGAAACGCAAAAGACCAAAAUCAAGAGAAGGAAGGAAGAAGUACUUCGUCGACGCUUUCACCAGACACGAAGUACUCUGAUCAGUGAUAUGGAUUCACACUCGUGCGCGAAAAUUUUCGAAUCCUUGAAAAACGGCAGCGUUUCGAGAGUCAAAUUUGUUGGUGAAGCUGGAACAGGCAAGACAUGGAUGGCUCGCAAGAUAUUCGAGCACGCAAGUAAAGAGAGGUUCUGCUUCAUUGCCCUCUGGUUGAAUCUAAACAAGGAUCUGGAUGAAACAUCGCUUUACGAGGAUAUAGCUUCCCAGCUGUCCGUAUUUCUUGAUAACAAAGACGAUGAAGAGGAUGAUAGCGACGACGAGAGCGAUAGUGAAGAUGAGGCGGAUCAGAAAGUCCAAGACUUUAUGCGGUUGAAAGAGAAGAUACAUCAAAAGCUUAGGAGAAAGAAGCUCAAUGGUAAAGGAAACAAGGGCCUCCUGUUGGUUUUGGAUGAUGAAGGAAGCGUGACCACUGAGAAAAUGGUGAUGCGAGAUUUGUACCUUGGAGUUUUUCUUGCAGCUUACGGGCCUCUAAAGAUUCUUCUCACAAGAAGAGAUGGGGAGAUCCAGUCACAUGCCCUCAAUGGUCCAGGGUCACUGACUUUGCGCGUCAGCUUUACUGAUGAGUAUUUGGUGGAUCUACUCGGGUCACUUAUCAAAGAUGAAUCACUUGCAGAGCUUCAUUUCCUUAAUGCUUGGGGGACAACUCAUGAGCUACUGAGACAACAUAUCAUGAGAAUGAGCAUGCGUUUGCCAGCUGCACUCGUUGUUAUAGCCAAGUCUCUAAACCACAUCUGUCAGAAUCCUUCGUUCCUCGUUUCUCAACAUUCCCCAGAGGUUUUAAAGAAAGUGAACUCCUUCAGUUUUCAAUCUGAUACAGACACUGCUUGUGAAGGAGCUAGGGAGAAUCCUGUUCUACGUCUCUCUUAUGAGUUAUUGGAAACAUCGGGUACCAUGACUAUGGUUGACUGCUUCUGGCAUAGCUUGAGCUUCUUCGAGCACUGUGGGUGCGUUUCUUACCAAGAACUGAUCGGGCAUUGGAUUCUUGAAGGCUACUUUGAUCCUGUUAGAUCGGUUACAAAGGCCUACAAGGAUGGCCAUGAUAUCAUGAUGGAGCUGAUAAGACGUGGCUUUCUGAAGAUACAAGAGGGAGAUGUGGUUAUGCCAGAGGCUACAAUGAAGAGCUUGAUCGAUCUCCGUCGUCGUGGACUGUCAGGCAGAUGUCGAAUUGGACUUGCUAAAGUUUGCGGCAGCGACAUGACAAAAGGUCUAGGGAAAAUCAACCAGGUCGAUGACAUCAUAGAAGCAGUGCGAGUGACGAGGAGAGGAGAAAAGCUUACCACAGUUCUGGUUAGUGGAAACCGUUUGCGUCGUGAAAACCCCAGAAAGUUCUUUGGAAAGCUGAAGGAUCUUGAAAUGCUUGGCCUUUUCGAGCCCAAGCUGGAACCUUUUAUUCCUUUUUUAUUGAAUCUAGUGAAACUCCGGGUUCUUGUGAUCAGGGACUGUGACCUACUGACAGAUAUUGAGGAGCUUCAGGCUCUUGGAGGACUACAUGCUCUUGAGGUUUCUGGCGCUAGCUCCCUGAAGAAAAUCUCUGAUGGGUUCUUCAAGGCAUUGUCUGAACUUCAAAGUCUUCACCUCUCUGGGCUUCAGAUCAAAUCUUCCCCUUCCAGCAUUUCUCAACUGAUGGAACUUCACCGGCUCAUCAUCAGGGACUGCCCUUUAUUGGAAGAUUUGCCAGACAUACAGGAACUAGUGAAGCUUGAGGUUGUUGAUGUCUCUGGUGCUCGUGGACUUCAAACUUGUUUCGACAACACACUUGGCGAGAAGAAAAACCUAGGCAAAAACAAAAACUUCUAUUAUCUUACGAAACUUCAACUCCUAGACUUCUCGGAGAGCCAAAUAGAGCGACUACCAAUAUUCCAAGACUCUUCAGUAGGCAACAAGCUUCCCUCCGUGACUCGGCUUUUGUUGCGCAACUGUAGCAAAUUGAGAAGGUUACCUAGUCUAAGGCCCUUGUCAGGUCUCCAAGUUCUUGAUCUUUCUGGCACUACUAGCUUAGUGAAGAUGCUGGGAGCAUGUUUCGAGGAUAAGAAGGACCUUAGAAUUCUUAGUAUGUCGCGCACUAAUCUUCGCCAGUUGCCUUCCACCAUUGAGGAGCUGUCCAACCUCAGUGAACUCCUCCUAAGGGAUUGCACCAACCUAGAAGCUCUCCCAAACAUUGGAAAGCUCACAAAUCUCAAGGUCUUUGAUGUUUCCGGCUGUGCUAAGUUGCAUAGGAUUGAGGGAUCAUUUGUGGACAUGUCGUACCUGCGUGAAAUAGAUCUCUCUGGCACCCAAGUGAUGAUCCCACCGGAGUUUCCAAAGGAGAGCAAAAGCCGUUGUCUAAAGAGUAUUAUUUUGACAGAUAAAAGACUAUUUAAAGGUGAGAAGUGGAGCCAAAUAACGGAAGCCAUGCAAAGUGAGAUAUCUCAAAAUACCAGCUCCUGUGAUGCAGUUGUUGAAUCCCACGGAAUCUCUGAAACGGAAUAUGGAGAAAUAACAGAGAUCCAAUCGAAUGUACCUCGCUCCAGUUACAGUAGAGGUAUCAGCGGCAGACAUUUUCACCAGGUUCCUUUAAACAGGGCUCUAUAUAAGAAGACAUUAUCGUUUUUAUAUUCUGCAAGUCAGCAGGAAGCCACGGAGGUCAAUGAAACUAAUGGGCUAGGUGAGGAAUCCCUAGCUAAUGCUGAGUUUCUAUCUUUUGUGGACUGUAGCGACGCAAAGUUCACAUCGAUCUUUAACAAGAUAAAGUCACUGAAGGGUUGUUGGCUAAGGAUGUCAUUGGAUAUAAGAGAUCUUUUUUCUGGUGUGGAUGAGGAACGUUUGGGAUCACUGGAGACUUUGUCGAUUACAAACCUUCCAUCGUUGGAGACUAUAUGCUGCGGUGGUAGCUUCAAGAAUCUGAAGAAGCUAAGCGUAGAUUGCUGCCCAAAAAUCAGAACUCUUUUCCCUGAGGCAGCUCAAGUGCCUAGUAGUUUAGAAGUCCUGCACAUAAAGUUUUGUGAGAAGCUGGAGAAUGUUCUUGAAGGACUCGAAUUGUCAACUCUCACUAAUCUGACUUGGAAAGUGGAGAAUUGUCCAAACUUUAAGGAUUAUUUAGAAGGCUGGGACUGGGUUAUAGUAGAUGGCAGUGAAGCAUCACCAUGAUAGAUAUUGAAGAUCACAGAAGUGGCUGGAGCAAGAUUUACUUUCACAGUACUACUACUAUAUACAUCUUAAAUCUUUGCCUCCAAUCGCUUAGGCUCUUUGUUCUGUGUGUGUCUGAAGCUUUGCUUGUUGAAUUAAGAACGGCUUUGAAAAACAUCUUACUGGUUUUCUUUUUUCUAUUUUAAGAUAUUCUUCUGCAAUAAAAUCCCAGGGAGGCUAUUCUGAUCUUCACUCUAUUUGAAAGAUCUGAUGAUUUUUACAUUUUUAGGCAAGAAGACAGUUUACGCUAAAUAUUUGUUGACCCAAG